AUGACCAGUGGCAUUGUCAAGGUCGAGCAUGCCAUUCCGCAACAACAACAACAACAACAACAACAAGCAGGACCACCGACAGGACAAUCGCAACAGCAACAGCAACAGGCGCCGCGUUUCACAACGCAUCCAUCGUCAUCGGGAUCCAUUGUUAGCGAGGGACGGACCAAGAUUUUACAAUGUCAUGCGCUGGGCUCACCACAGCCCACAUAUCGUUGGCUCAAGGAUGGCAUACCCGUUGCCGAUUAUUCAUCCAGUCAAUUUUAUCGCAUUCACAACACGAAGCGCGAGGAUGCUGGCAGCUAUCAGUGCAUAGCCAGAAACGAGGCUGGCUCCAUUUUCAGCGAGAAGAGUGAAGUUGUUGUAUCCUCUGGUGACCUUCUUUUCGGGCACACCAGCCAUGAAGCUGACGAGCUGCGUGAUAACGUUGAUGAUGACGAUGACGAUGACGAUGACGACGGCGAUGACGACUCGUGCUGCAUGGGAGCGGCCCAAGACGGCGCUGAACUGAAGCGUCUUGAGCACUUAAUUAAUUGUAGGAGAGCGCUUAAACUGAACUAA